AUGACAAAGAAAAAAAGUGACAAAAAGAUAAUCUACCGAUCACCUGACCAGUAUGCGUAUCACUUCAGAGUUGAUCACUCGUCGCAGCUGUGUGGAACGCUCACCGAAAAUCAACAAAAAGGGCCUGAAAUUUGGCAUGUUCGAACCAGAGAUAAUAUUGCAAGAGUCAAGAGGGAUGAAGCUCGAGCAGCAGAGGAAGAGAGAGAGAAAGAAGCCAGGAUUGCUUUGGCUGAGCAAGAGGCAAGAACUGAAAAACUAAGGAUUAAAGCCAGAGACAAGAAUUUGGGCAAUACCCACUAUGAUUUAGAUCAGGAAGUAUUUGGACCGCAGCCAAAGCCUGAUGGAACUCAUACAGUAACUCAACUCAUUCCGAGAACUCACAUCAACUUCUUCUCUGAAAUAGAGUCAAGGGGGAACACCAAUAAAAGUAACAAGGACCAUGAAGCUGAUAAGAAAGAGGAGCAGGAAACGUAUGAAAAGAAGAUUGGGUUACUGGUAGGUCUUGGGCAGAGUGCUGUAGAAUCACAGAGUGUCAAACCUUGGUAUCAGCAAAAUAGGGAAGAGAAGGACAAGGAAAGGGUGGAUGCUUAUAACACAGACACCAGUGAAAUGAAAAGGAAAGCAUCAAUGGACCCUAUGAAUGAUAUGAUGAGGUACCUUGGAAAGAAACCAAAGAUUGUGACUGAUACAAAAAAAAACAGUCAAGAGCAUCCUUCUAAAGACACAGAAACUUCACCGAAAGAGGGUCUACCAGGCAGAAUAAGUUUGAUGACAAUGUUCAGCAAGUACAAGAAAUCAAAGGAGGAGGGAAAUGGAAAGGAAAGUUACAGAAAAUACAAAGAAAAGAAGAGGAAUAAGAAACAUUGUAGGCUCAAAGAAAGCAGAAGAGAUAUCAGAAAACAUAGUCAUAAGAAAUCUGGCAGAAAGCAAAGAAAACAGUCAAGACAAGACAGUGAUAGCACAAGCUCAGAGGGCAAGGACUCAAGGCGAGAGGUUAGAAUGUCUAGGAGACAUCAGAAAUCACACAAAAGAGACAAGAAAAACAGACACAUAUCAAGCAGGAGUGAGAGUGAUAGUCUGAGCACCUCUAACAGUAGCAAAAAUGAGAUGGACUAUCAGAAACCAAAAGUGUCUUCUAAACCUACUCCGACCAUUGAACAGCUGAGAGCAGAGAGAAUCAAGAGAGAGGCAGCAGAAAGGACUAAGACUGAGAGAUUCUUGGCUGGAAAGCCACUGGUAGAGCAGCCUGCUACUGAGCAAGUGAUUACAGAUAAACUAGAUGGAAAAUAUAAUUCUCAAUUCAAUCCACAUCUAGCAAGGAUGCAUCGACCGAAAGCACCCCUGUUUUAAUCCUAAUGGGGGGGGGAGACCCCCUUGACAUCUCAUGCAAUUUGUUUGCAAUGUGAAAAGCUCUCACUGCAAUUUUUGUCUCGCCCACCAAAGGUGAAGGCGAGACUUAGGGAUCCAAAUGUUGUCCGUCUGUCACAAAUCUAAU